AUGCAUCCACUAUAUCCUUCUCCCCGGGUGUCUCAACUAGAUGCCCAUAUUUUGGAUGGUGAACUAUUUGGCUUACUCAAGCAACAGCUUGCCGAAGCGUUUCAACCGCUCUCCGGUAAAGCAUGGUCGUAUAGUCAACAGCCAGAAUUAUGGUCGCUCUUGCUCAAAUUGCUCCUUUUUAAACUCACUGUGGCCAAAAGCGGAUCCUCCUACGGAUUGAAGCUUCAAAACUUGAAGUUGACUAAUUCUCAAACGGGGAAAGUGAUAGGCAAACGUACCAAAUUGCUUUUCCUAAGUAUCAUAUUCGGUGAAUAUUUCUUCCAGAAAAUCCAGUCGUUCUUAUAUGCGACAGAGACAGAAUCUUUUGCUAAUGCUAGAACUCUCUGGGAAAAGAUCAAGACGAGUGUUGUGAGCCGGAGGGCAAAUUUGCUCAAAUUCGUUGACAGUACCGUCAAGCUCAUGAAAUUGGCCAAUUUUGUUGCAUUCAUUGUUUAUGGCAGAUUUCCGACUUUACUUUACCGGGUUCUAGGCGUGAUACCAACUCCGAUAGUUGCCGACUUGCUUAAGUUCAAUGGUGAUAAUGUCAAUUUUGAAUUUCAGAAUCGGCAGUUGGUAUGGAACGUUAUGACUGAGUUUCUUGUCUUUAUAUUGCCGCUACUUCAACUCAAUAAGGUCAAAAAAGCAUUCAAGAGAUUGGUUGCUCGGACGACAAAUAACCGAGCCUCGUCCGUCAUGAACUUAAAGUCGAAAUACUCAGAGUUGCCCGAGUCACAAUGUGCCAUUUGUUGUGAGGGAAGAGAAGUGAUUGGUACGAAAGUUGCCAGUACGGAGGUUACAAAUCCAUUUGUGACAAAUUGUGGCCAUAUAUUCUGUUACAUUUGCAUAGCAACUCGCUUCAACCACAUUGAAAAUGAUGUCGAGGGAGCAGAGUUAUGUCCUAGGUGUUUCACAAAGUUGACAUCUUUUGAACAGUACGGAAAUAAUGAGUACGAUGUGGAUCCCUCUGCCAUAGUUGUAUCAUACGAGUCAGACAAUGAAAACGACUCGAGUGAUGUUGCAACAGAUGAAAAACAACUUGAACACGCCAACCAGAAUCCGUCACCUGCUCUGGAAGCAGAUGAUACUGAAGACUUUAGUGACGAAGAAGAUUUGGAGGAAGAUUCAAUUGACGAGGACGAAGAUGAAGAUGACUACGAUGAUGAUGUCGAUGAUGAUUUCGACGAGUAA